AUGGCGCGACGUCUCGCCCCACGCGGCGUUUCCGGCGCGGACCGGGCGGCGUUGGAAGAUCCGCUGCUGGUGGCGAAGAGUUUGCAGGCGCUGGCGCGACGGAGGAGUUCCAACUUGGGCGCAUGGAGGGGGCAUCUGCAGCGAGCCCAGCAGGUGGCCCACAUGGCGGAUGCACAGGCGGCAGCGCGAGUGCUCAAUGCCUGUAGCAGGUCUCCUCUACCAGAGCUGGCGAAUCAGGUGGCGGAAGCGUACCAGGAGCGUGCCAGACGCGUGCUGGGCCAAAGCAGCGCCAGACAACUGGCGACGGCGGCGAAUGCCAUGGCAAGGAUGCUCAUCCGUGACGAGGACUACAUCAUGCGGCUCUCCAGGGAGCUCCGUAUGAAGUUUGAGAAGUGCAACACGUUUCAAGCAUCGUUGAUUGCCAACUCCUAUGUUCGUUUGAUGGUGGUGGAGAGGACCCUUUUCGGACAACUGCUGCCGGCGUACGCGAAAACCCACGGUCAUCGUUUCCGUGUCAAGGAUUUGGCUUUGGUCUUGCACGCCUAUGCCAAGGCGCAAUUGCGGAGCAGCGCCGUGUUUGAGGCCCUGGCUGAACGCUGUCGAGAACAAACGCCCCACAUGGAUUGCCAGGCCCUCAGCGUCAUCGCUGCGGCGCACGCUAAGCUGCUGAUUAGCGACGAAGCGCUCUUCCAGACGUUGGCUUGGCGUUUGCGAUCCUGCGCGCGCACGUGCACCUUCCAGGCCGUGGCAAAUUUGGCCAAUGCCUAUGCAAAGUUUGGCUUCCAGAGCCCUGCCUUAGCGCCUCAGGCGUUGCAAAGCGACAAGCCGUGGACGUGGAGCCCGAGCUCGGGGGCCGUGGGCAUCACCGACGGCGUCUUCGAUUUGGUUCUGGAGGAGCUGCCGAGGCUGUUGUUGGACAGCAACGCCCACAGCAUCGUGCUGCUGAGCCACGCCGCGGCGCGGGCAGGCAGCGGUCAGGAGGGCUAG